GGCGGCAGCUGCGCGCUCGCCGGCCGGCCAGCGGGGGCUUCGCAGAGGACCCGGCUGAGCUCUAAGGAGCUGGCGGGGACGGCCCGGAGCUGACGUCUGAGACCCGCCGUCUGGGACCAGCCGCUCGCUCAGGAGGGGUCGGGGCUCCCCCGGGGCCGGCGGCUCCCAGCUGGAGUCUGCCGGUCGGACUCCAGGUCCCAGGCGCAGGGGCCAAGAGGACGUGGGUGCAGUGCAAGUUCUCCACCCCUCUGCAGAGGCUGGGGCUCUCUGUGUCUCUUGCAAUCUCUCAAAAAUCUUGCCUAUUUGUCCUGGUGCAGCGAGUCAUACGCCAGUAGAUGAACAGACAGAAGCAGAGCGAUCCCAGAAGAGGAUGAGCAAGAGAACAGUGUGGAAAUGGAGCCCUGGCAGCUGGCUGCUGGCACUGUGCCUGGCCUGGCUGUGGACCUGCCUGGCCCUGGCUUCCUUGCAACCUACAACUACCACAGUCCCCGUGGAGCAGGGAACCUGCGAGGUGAUUGCUGCCCGCCGCUGCUGCAACCAGAACCGCAUCGAGGAGCGCUCACAGACUGUCAAGUGCUCUUGCUUGUCUGGCCAGGUGGCUGGCACAACACGGGCUAAACCCUCCUGUGUGGAUGCGUCCAUCGUCCUGCAGAGGUGGUGGUGUCACAUGGAGCCCUGCCUGCCAGGAGAGGAGUGCAAGGUGCUCCCUGACCUGUCGGGGUGGAGCUGUAGCAGUGGACACAAAGUGAAAACCACCAAGGUCACACGAUAGCCUUUGGGGGUUCCAGCCUGGGUGGGACAGGCUUGAUGGAGCCAUAACCUGAAGAAUGGUAUCCAGAGAUGAGCCAGGCCAGCAGACGUGGGCAUGAACUCUAUCAGGGCAUUCUCCUGUGCCAUGAGCAGAGGGUUGGUCGUCCCAGGAACAUUUCAGUGAAGCUUGCCAGCAGAUAUGGGUGGCGCUCCAACCAUGCACCUGGUGCUGAGUGCUCCAGGGACACAGAAUAAGGUCAAGGCAUAAACUCCUGCCCUCUGGUUUAGCUCAUUUGGUUUAAAGUGUAUGGUGCCAUGUAGCUGCUGGAGCUACAUGCUGUGGGGGCAUGGUGGAAACUUGGGGUUGAAACUCCCAUAGUUCUUCAGUUAAUCCCUGGCCACAGGACAUAAAGGCAGGAGGUCCCAUUCUUCACCCACCCAUUUCUUCCUUCACAUCAAUCCUGCAUCCCCAGCAAGCUACUAACAUGCUGAUUGAACACACUGCUGCCUUACUGCUGCCAGAACAGAAGCUUCUCAUUUGGAUGGACUGGAGGAAGCAAAGAUUGAAUGAAACAGCUUUUCCACAAGGCUUUGGUAGGGCCAGGACGUGGCUUGGGCCAUCCAUGGGGUAUGGAAUGGAUAGAUCUCACAGUCUCCACCAUCCAAACCCCUGAGAUUUGGGCUUGCUUUGCUUGUUUAGCAAAUGGAGAAACCUAGUCCCAGGGAGGUGGGGUUACCUAACUAAGGUCUCACAGCCUGAGUUCCUAAGUCCCCAGGAAUACCCACUCUCCACUGGCCCAGGUGCUGGGAUUUCAAGAAAAUAAAGAUCUAUUUUAUUUAUUUAUUUGUUUGAAAGACAGAUUUAGAGAGAGAGAGAGAGAGAGAAAGAAAGAAAAAGAGAAUCUCCCAUCUACUGAUUCACUCCUCAAAUGGCCACAAUGGCCAAAUUUGGAUUGGUUCGAAGCCAAGAACCUAGAGCCUCCCCUGGAUCUCACAGAUGGAUGCAGGGACCCAAGCACCCGGUUCAUCCUCCAGUGCUUUCCUAAGCUCAUUAGCAGGGAACUGGAUGGGGAGGGGAGCAGUCAAGACUAGAAC